GUUUUGUCAGGACACCGUGACCUACUUUGCAAUGACACCGCCUCUUCCUUCUCUACCUUCACCAGCGCUGAAAUUAUCUCAUGCUUAACAACCGACACUAGAAGAAAAAUAAAGGGUCCUGUUGAUAGUUCUGUAUGCAGUUCAAGUCGCUAUUCCAUACGAUGACUUCAAAGAUUUCACUUUCGUCAUUCCCACUACCACCAACUGCGAAUCUUCUGAAUCACAACUUGACGGCAGACCCCAAGUCAUCUACUCCAGCUGCUUUUCGUAAAGUCCUCGCGGGAUCACCCAGUAUUCAGCGCCGGGCUAGAUUGGUUGACAAUCAGGCCCACUUUUCUUACGUCUCCCCAUUCCCUCUGUCAUUUCCAUAUGACAUUAUACCAGACGAACCCGAUACCGUCACCGACAAGGCUGCUUUUAUUGAACAAUGGCUCUCCCGUAGAGAAGCUACUCAGGAGUUUCGAUCGCAGAGCAAUACCGUUUUAAAGAAGUAUAUCCCCCAGGAGAGGAAUCAGACCAGAAUGCUUAUCGGCCUCUCGGAGACGGGCAUAAGGGAUUGUAUCCCUCAGCUACAUGUCGGAGACGCGUUUGCUCUUCUAGGCAAACCUGCUUUAACAGCUAGCAGCGCGGUGGACAAUAAUUUAUCAGCAUCCACUGCGUCUGAAUCAGAUAUAUCUGCAAGGAACGAUCUUGUGGAUAUUUUGAGCGGACAUGCGGUUCUUACGUCGGAUGAUUUUGCCCCUUGGUCACUUCGCUACAGUGGACAUCAAUUUGGCACUUGGGCCGGUCAGCUGGGUGACGGACGCGCAGUAACUAUCCUGGUAUCCCAGCACCCUGAUGACCCAUCACUCACGUACGAGCUCCAAUUAAAGGGUGCUGGUCGUACUCCGUACUCCCGUAGCGCAGACGGUCUCGCUGUCGUGCGUUCGUCCAUUCGCGAGUUCCUCUGUUCCGAGGCACUGCAAGCGCUCUCCAUUCCUACGUCGCGUUCGCUUUCACUUAUAUCUCUUCCUGAUGUACCCGUCUAUCGGGAACGUAAGGAAACUGCAUGCAUCCUAACGCGCAUGGCUCCUUCAUUCAUUCGGAUCGGAUCGUUCGAGGCAUUGAACGGUCCACAGAAUAUCAUGUUUUUUGGUGGAGGGCAGCAAUCACCGAACUAUGAGGCGCUGAGAAUUCUUGGGGAGUGGGUCAGUAGGAAGGUCUUGAAGUUUGGGUUAGAUGACGGCGAAGCCUGGGGGAAGAAGUUGGUUCUUGAUGUCGCUGAACGAAAUGCAAAGAUGGUGGCAGCGUGGCAGGCCUAUGGGUUUAUGCAUGGGGUUAUCAAUACGGACAAUGUUUCGAUCAUGGGCCUGACUAUAGACUAUGGUCCUUACGCUUUCAUGGACAUCUUUGACUCAUUCCACAUCUGCAACCAUACCGACAGCGAAGGUCGUUAUUCUUACCGAAAACAACCCGACAUGAUCAUCUAUGCUCUUCAUGCUCUCUUAAACACACUUGCACCACUCAUCGGCGCCGAGCAGUCCUCAACUCCUCCCAAGGCAGUAUCUCCAGGCUGGUCCAAAGUGUCAAACGAUCAAAUUUCUGCAUGGAAGGACCAAGGCAUUGAUGCCGUGAAAGACGACCUGGAGCGCAUUACGCAGUCAGUCAUACCUGAAGAAUAUGCACGACUCAUGCGUCGGCGGCUUGGGCUUCGAAGGCAGGACGGGUCUGACGAGAGUACGAUCAUCCAACCGCUGCUUAGGAUUAUGGAGGACCAGGCUCUUGAUUUCCACGGGACGUUCAGGACGCUGAGUAGGGGCGCUGUGGUUGAGAAGCUGCUAGGCCCGAAUAAGGAUGAUGGAUUUAGGAAGGACUGGGAGGACUGGGUGGGGAAGUAUGAGGCUCGGAUUGAGAGUGAGAAGGAUGAGUGGUCCAGUCGGGCUGAGAGGUUGGAAGAGAUGAGGAAGGUGAAUCCGAGGUUCGUUCUGAGGCAGUGGGUGCUGGAGGAGGUUAUUGCAAAGGUGGAGAAGGACCCUGAUACAGGAAAGGGAGUGAUGGCAAAGGUUUUGCAGAUGACAUGUAGUCCUUUCGACCUUUGGGGCGCAGAAGACGACUCACGACCCGAUGAAGAGCUCAGCGCCGAAGAGCUAGAGGAACGAAGAUACUGCGGUCUAGGAGAUAAGAGUAUGCUUGGAUUCCAGUGUAGUUGUUCAAGUUAAUUAGUAAAAUACAUGCUGUCUGUGCAGCAGUUAUUUAAUGUUACCUCGUCAUCC